CACCACCAACAUGGCGUUCAAGUUCUCAUUGGGUGCGGCCAAGGGCAACAAAGCCCAAUUGAACGCCAAGGCCAAAGCAGAAGAGGAGGCAAAGGUGCGCGAGGAGAAAAAUGCAUUGGACAAGGUCAUGGCCGAGUUCGAGGAGGAGCACGGUGCUGGUAGCAAGGUCCUCGGCGAACCAGAGCGACAAGAGGAGGAAGAAGUAUUUGUUCCUACGGGAAGCAAGAGACACUUCACAGGUCGACAACGGAAUAUGAAAAGUGGACCUGGGACCCUCGAAACAGAUCCUCUCGAUGAAUUCAGAAACGCAGGGCCAGGACGACUCAACCCUCCAACACAACCACGAUUUGGCGGCACAGCUCCUACGGGUCCAGGCUCUCUCGAUGGAUCCAAGCAGAGGGAGAAUCUGUACACAACGGUGGUAGCGAAAGCAUCGAAUCUACCUCCAACAAUGGAUUCGAAACGCGUCGAGGAGCUCUUCGCGGACUUCCCGUCGCUCAAAGUAACAAAGAUCGAGAAGAUCCCCCCGCAAGGUCCAGCGAUGAAGGGACGACCCAGCUUGGCAAUGAAGAUCAUUUUUGACAAAGAUGCGAAUGCGCGAGAUCUUGACGACGCUAUGAACAGGCUAAACGACAAGAAGUACCUGGGGAGAGGUUACUAUCUGCACUUGGAUAGGUAUCUUGGUGGACGUGUUGUGGGUACAGAACAACGAACAGAACCGUUUGGCGCUCGAUGGCAAGCGCCAGAGAUAGCUAAAGGCUAUGCUCCUCCACCAGACCUUGGAGGUGGAGCUAGGGACAGGGACCGCCCGCGCGAAGAUACCGAACGUCUGGUUGUCACUGCCAACCAGCCACCGGACAUGGCAACGCUGCGUCUGGUACAUAUGACGAUUGAAGGUGUCAUCAAUGGCGGUGUGGAGUUCGAGGCUGGUCUGAUGAACGAUCCACAAGUUCAGGAAGAAGAACGCUUCGCUUGGCUCUUCGAUCAAAAGCACCCCGUAAACCGGUACUAUAGGUGGAGAAUGCACCAAAUCGUAUGCGACACCCCAAAUUCGGAGAUCUUUGCUCGGCAAGGUAUGUGGCAAGGACCGACAGAUCCACUAGCGGACGAGUUUGCGAACCACCUAGGAGCAUUCGAUGCCGACUAUGAAGACUCCGAGGAUGACGAAGAUGAGGAGAAGCCUCAGCAGAGGCAGCUCCCCGUUGGCGACAACUAUCCUGGUCGGGUCGACAACAACCACGGUAUCAUGAGCCCUCGAUCAAGAGCGAUGUUUCUGUGGCUGCUCACAUCACUACCACCCGGAAGCAUUGUUGCAGAUGACAUAGCUGCCAUCUCUGUCUUUGCUGUUGAACAUGCUGCGCAAGGCAUGGACGAGGUCAUACACAUCCUAAUCUCGAAUCUGAUCGAGCCCUUCCAGAUGACCGAGACCAACACAAGAAGACGCCUUGGUGAGGCAGAAGGUCGAGAAGAACGUAGACGUACAGAUCUGCGACAAACUACUUUGAACGCCCUUCGCAUCAUCUCCGACGUUCUCCUCACCACGUCGAGAGAGUCUGGCGCGUCAUACAAGUACCGACUGGCCAUCGGUACGCAGCUUGUAGAGCGUAAGGCUUUUGAGCAUCUUCAAAGGCUCCCUGCACAGCUCGAGAUGGGACGCAUGACCGAGAGAACAUACAGGGACGAGGUUAACAGUAUCCUCACAGUCUGGAAAGACGAGCAUCUGUUCGACAAACCUGCUCUAGAACACCUUGAUGAAGCUUUCAACGCGCAAGAAAGACAGAAGGAGCAGGCUGAGCAAGAACGGAAACUGGCAGAAAAGAGGAACAAGCGCAAGGCCGCCUCAAAGGCUACUACUAGCACAAAGGUGGACGACGCUGAUGGGGAUGAUAAGAUGGACGUCGACCAAGAAGAUGGUGAGUACAUCAACGCACUUGACGGGUCGAACGACGGUACGCCCCAAGCGGCGCCAGAGACAGUGGCACCCGCUGAACCGGAGGUCAAGGGUGUCGAACCGACACCAAAAAACAGUUCAGUCAAUGCAACACCUGAAAUACCAGGAGAGACUGCAGCGGCGCGGGCUAGGCGCCUGCGACCAAAAGCUGAAGACAUGUUUGCAUCAGAUGGAGAGUGAACAAUGCAGCGUUGAUUUGUACAAGAUACCCUGGACUAGAC